UUUUUUUUUUUUUACUUUUUUUUUCUUGUUCUCUUUUUUUCUCUUUUGUAUAAAUAUACAUAUAAUAUGUUGAGUACUUUAGGUAGACAAGAAAGAAAGAACGAGGCUGAAUAGAGCAAGAAAAACUGACGACCUUAUUUUGUAUAGCUCAAACUACAACCAACUUUAUCAGCAAAUCUCUAUCUCCCUUUGGACAAGCCUCAAGAGGUAUGGCUACCAAGUUAAAAUCUCACUCAGGGGCCAAGAAGAGAUUUUUCCCUACAUCCAAUGGCAACUAUAAGCGUUGGCAAGUCGGUCUUCGUCACUUGAACUCUGGUCUUUCUCCCGAAAGAACCAAUAGACUUUCAAGAACGGUCUUUGUUGACAAUACACAAAAGAGAAUGCUUAGAAAGGCAUUGCCUUAUUCUUGUUAAAUAAAAUUGUAAAUACAUUUCGUACAACAUGCAUAGCUUCGUCAUUAUUUAAAGGGCCUACUUAAUAUACUGUUCCUGACUAUCUGACGUAGAUAAGG